AUGGCCGCCUCUCCCGUUCAGAACCCCGCUGUCUCAGCCGAAUCCAAGUCAGCCAAGAAGAAGAAGGCCAAGGCCGCCGAGCGCACCGAGUCCCCUGCUCCUACUGCCUCUCCUGCCCCCGAGAAGGCUGACGCCUCCGACGAGUCCGGCGAGACUGCCUACAUUCGCGAGAUCCAAAAGAACAUUCGCAACACCACCAAGAAGCUUACCAAUGCCUCAAAGAUCGACAACCUAAUUGCCGAGAACGCUGGCAAGUCCCUCGACGACCUCGUCGCUGCUCGCAUUAUCAAUGCCGACCAGAAGGCGCAGUACCUCAAGAAACCUGCCCUGCAGGCUCAGAUCUCACAGUACGAGGAGCAGAUGGCCCAGUACAAGAAGAUCGACCAGGAGUACCGCACUCGUGCUACUGCUGAGAAGGCAGAGCUGGAGAAGUCCUUCGCCGAGAAGCUAGAGAAGGAGAAGGCCGCCGCCGUCGCCGAGGUGAAGGCUCAGCAGGCUCAGCAGGAGGGUGAUUCUAGCAAGAGCAUCAACAGCAAGCUCCUCACCCUGUCACAAUUCCUUCGUCUCGCUGCCGCCCGCCGCUCCGAGGAUGCCGACCAGAGCAAUGAGGAGAACAAGGCCCUGGAGGGUGUCCUUCUCGCCAUCUACACGGGUGACGACAGUGCUGUCACCACCAUGCUUAAGCUGAUUGACGGCGCCGAAGAGCAGACGUACAGCGUCAACGGCGAGCUGCUCGAGACGACCUUCGGCCAAGUCAAGGCAGCUGCCAAGGCCUACAAGUCUCCUUACGACGAGCCUGCGCCCGCCGAGACCGAGACCGCCGCGACCGAAGCCGUUACCGAUCCGACCAUUGCCAACGCUACCGUGAACGAGAUCGAGGCUGGCGAUGUUGCCAUCACCAACGGCCAGGCCGAGGAGGCGGCCACCGAGACCCCCACUAACGCCAACAUCGGUAGUGGCGCCGGUAAUGCCGCCGGCGAGAAGUGGGACCAGUCGGCCGAUAACAGCAUGUCGCUUUCUCAGGAGUGGGUUUCUGUUCCCCGUGAUCCUACAGAGACCGAGACUGGCGUCGAGGCUACCCCCGCUGCCGUUUCCAACACCCAGUCUUGGGCCGAUGACCAGCCUGAGCACCACGAGACCCAGCCCGAGACCCCUGCUCCCGCUGCUGCCGACCCCAACGACGGCUUCCACCAGGUCCAGGGCCGCAACCGCGGCCGUGGCGAUCGUGAGGGAGGCUACCGCGGACGUGGUCGUGGCGAGUGGCGCGGCGGUCGUGGACACCGUGGCGAUGGCCGUGGCCGGGGAGGACGUGGCGGCCCUCGCGGCGGCUCCAUCUCUCAGCGUGGACCGCGCCGGACUGAAGAGUCAUAG